AGAUAUUUUGGAUUUGUGCCUGCGUUUUACGACGUACUGGGUCUAGGGUUUCUUCUCUUCCUCAUUGGAUCUUCUUCAAUCCAUCCAUCCAUCCAUCCUCCCUCCUAACAACUACGACGCACCAGCGCUUCUCUUUCGUCGUCGAGCACAGGGAGACUAUUUUUAUCUAUUGUACUGUAGAAAUCGAAGUGGGAGAAGUGUUUGCUUUGGUUUUUUGAGGCCCGGGAUAUAUUUGCUCUCGAGAAUUCGAGCGAGGGUGUUUCGAUUGAGAUAUGCGAGCUUCAUGGGCAGAUUUGGCUGCGUCUUCCGCAGCUGACAAUGUAGGGGCUGGAUCUUCUGCCAACAAUGGUGCUGCUGUUGCUGGCUCGGCUCCCGGUCGAAGUGCGUACGUCCCUCCCCAUCUGAGGAACCGUCCACCCUCGGCAGAUCCACCGGCACCUGCUAAUACUGGGCCGACUCCUGGUUCUGAUCGGCCCGGUUCUGGUUCUGGUGCCGUUGGGCCACGCUGGGGAGGUCCUAGGAAUGAUUUUCGGGCAGGAUUUGGGGGCAGCGGCGGCAGUGGGGGCGGUGGCAGUGGCGGCCGUACUGGUGGAUGGGGUGGUAGAGGUGGGAGUUGGGGUGGUGGGAGAGAGCGGGAAGUGAAUCCUUUUGGAGAUGAUGUGGACACGGAGCAAGCUUUUGAUGAGCAAGAGAAUUCUGGGAUCAAUUUUGAUGCGUAUGAAGAUAUUCCGGUGGAGACGAGCGGGGAUAAUGUACCCCCUGCAGUGAAUACUUUUGCAGAAAUUGAUCUAGGUGAAGCUGUUAAUCAGAACAUUCGGAGGUGUAAGUACGUGAAACCAACACCUGUGCAACGACAUGCCAUACCAAUUUCCCUGGGAGGGCGUGAUCUGAUGGCUUGUGCCCAGACUGGAUCUGGCAAGACAGCCGCUUUCUGUUUUCCGAUCAUCAGUGGUAUAAUGAAAAGCGGCCAACAUGUGCAGAGGCCACCACGUGGGGCACGUACUGUCUACCCGCUUGCUCUUAUUCUUUCUCCUACGAGGGAGCUUUCGGUGCAAAUACAUGAAGAAGCUAGGAAGUUUUCCUAUCAAACCGGUGUCAGGGUGGUUGUUGCUUAUGGAGGAGCACCAAUAAAUCAACAGCUAAGGGAAUUGGAGAGAGGUGUGGAUAUACUUGUUGCUACUCCUGGGAGAUUGGUAGAUUUGCUGGAGAGAGCUAGAGUUUCGUUACAGAUGAUCAGAUAUUUGACGCUGGAUGAGGCAGAUCGAAUGCUUGAUAUGGGUUUUGAGCCUCAGAUAAGAAAAAUAGUGGAACAAAUGGACAUGCCUCCCAGUGGAGAAAGACAAACAAUGUUGUUCAGUGCCACCUUCCCUAAGGAAAUUCAGAGACUGGCCGCUGAUUUUCUAUAUAAUUAUAUCUUUUUGGCUGUUGGAAGAGUUGGAUCUAGCACUGAUCUGAUUGUCCAAAGAGUUGAGUUUGUUCAUGAUUCUGAUAAAAGAAGUUAUCUCAUGGAUCUUCUUCACGCACAAAGAGAUACUGUUAUUCAGGGGAAGCAAUCUUUGACAUUAGUUUUCGUUGAGACAAAGAAGGGGGCUGAUUCUCUAGAAAACUGGCUAUGCAGUAAUGGUUUUCCAGCUACUUCUAUUCAUGGAGAUAGGACACAACAGGAAAGAGAAUCAGCUCUCCGCUCAUUUAAGAGUGGCAGGACUCCAAUUCUAGUUGCUACAGAUGUUGCAGCUCGUGGUCUCGAUAUUCCACACGUUGCCCACGUGAUCAAUUUUGAUCUUCCGAAUGACAUAGAUGAUUAUGUCCACCGGAUUGGACGAACAGGACGAGCAGGGAAGACCGGUUUAGCUACUGCCUUCUUUAAUGAGAAUAACUCAUCAUUGGCAAGGUCAUUAGCUGAGCUGAUGCAAGAAGCCAAUCAGGAAGUUCCAGCUUGGCUCUCCAGGUAUGCUGCUAGGUCAUCAUAUGGUGGUGGAGGAAGGAACCGUCGCUCUGGUGGAGGCCGGUUUGGUGGUCGUGACUUCCGGAGGGAUGGCUCUUUUAAUAGGGGUGGAUCUGACUACUAUGGUGGGGGCGGCAGCAACAGUGUUGGGUAUGGAGGAUCAUCUGGAGGGUACGGAGGAUCAUCGGGAGGCUAUGGAGGAGGUUAUGGCGGCCCUGGUGUCACCAGCGCAUGGGAUUAAGUAAUGAAAUUUACUCUUCCGUUGUUUCUGAAGUGCAACAGUGGCAUUCAUACUUCUGCUGGUUAUAUUAUGUCUUUGUCUUGUCUAAGUGGUUCAAGCUUUAUACUGUUUGAUAGUAUGUCUCACGGUUGAGGGGGAUGUAUUUCUCAUAUUGGUGCAUGCGCAGACGGAGGGUUUUGGAAUGCUGAUGGGUUUGGAUUAGACAUUUCCCUAUACAGUGGGGAAUCAUUUCUUUCCUUGAAUCGAUCCAUUCCCGUCUUUGUUGAUUCUGGUGGGUGGUGGAUGGGUUGUAGAAUAUCUGUUGGGAGUGUAAAGGGUUUUUUCUGUUGGCCCUGUUCCUUUUUUUCUCAAUAGGCAUAUUCUUAGUGACCCAUUUUCGUAGGGUUUCGAAAGGUUGAUGAGUUUCUUCUCCUCCCCAUUUUAUACACAGAGGGUCUUAUGUCCCCCAAGCUAAGGAAUUUAACUCUUCAUGGUUUCUUGUAACAUUUUGAAGGUGAUUGAACUGACAGACACCUCUUAUUAGAAGCAGCUUAUUUUGUA